AUGAAUAAUGGAUUACAACAAAAACAUGUAACAAAUGUUUUAAGACUUGCCUUUCGUCAAUUAAAAUGGGAGCAGUUUGAACCAUCUGCAAAUGAUUUUUACACAUUUCAUUGUAUGAUUUAUAAUAAUGAUAAUGAAAUUCAUGGUAUUAUUGGUGAUAUAUCUGUAAAAAUAAAUUGGACAAAUAUGUGUAGUGAUUUAAAUAGAAUGCUUAAUGUAUUUAAAUUAUUUUAUUCUUUGUCAAUUUGUCCAGUAUCUAUAAAUGAUAUUCUUUCUUCAUUCAAAAGAUCAUUAAAAUGUUUAACAAAUCUUCCAAAUUGGCAUCAAUUAACGUCAAAACAUUUAGAAGAUAUUUGUGAAGUAAUAUUUUGUGAUACUUCUAUCGAUAGGUAUCAAAAUUAUUCUAAUAAUUUUGAAUCCAUUUUAUAUCCAGAAUUACUAUUAAUUUUAAAAAAAAUUUCACAAAUAGAUAUGAUAAAUGAUUUUGAGAAUAAAUCAAUUGAAGAAUUUGAGGAAAGAGUAAAAAAAAUUUCUUUAUAUGUGAAGAUUCUUAAUAAACUUAUUUUUUGUCAUAAAAUAUGUAAUGGGUAUAGUUGUGAAAACGAAUACAUGACAUUAUUUGAUAGUGUUAGUUUAUGGUUAAGAAAAGCAUUUGAUUAUAAUAAUAUAACAUAUUACUAUGGAUAUGUUGCAACAAAUCUUAUAAAUUUAUCAUCAGCUCAAAAUGAAAAUAUAUUAAAAGAUGUUUUAAAAAAAAUUAAAGAAUAUAUUUCUAAUUGUGAUAAUUUAUUUGCAAAACCAAUAAUACCUGGAUUUCAACAAAUAUCUAUAACAUAUCAUUCAUCCAUUGCUUUGAGAUAUGAAAUGGAAAUAAUAAAUGUAUUAUUUAAGUAUGAAUAUCUUAAAAAAAAUAAUAUUUUAUUCCCGGAAUGUGAUAUUCAUUUUAUUAUAGAAGAUUCUAUAUUACUACAUUUAAUGCAAAAUUUUGGUUCUUUUAACGAGUAUGUUAAUAUAGAAUGGAUUUUUGGUUCAAUAUUAGAUGGAUUGGUUGAUAAACAAAUGCCACAUGAAAAACGUUUAGAAUUUGUUAGUGCAUUAGAAAAUUAUUUAGUACGAUGUUUAAAAUCAAACUCAGUAAUAACUAUUGAAUUUUGUAUCAUUAUUUAUUAUUAUUUACAACAUUUGACUAUUCUAAUUAAAGAUGUUCAUAUAAAUUCCAGACGACAAACACAUUUGAAAUCAGCAAUUCACAUUUUAGAACAAUUCGAUAGUAAAUUUUCAUCAAAUUAUAUUAUUUCAAGUUUUAAUAGUAUGUUUAAAAAAUUGGUAUCAACAGGUGUUGAGAAUCAAUUUCCUAUAUCAACAUUUGCCAAAGGAAUAUUAUUAUAUAUUAAAAAUCAGAAAUUAAAAAAUGACAUACGACUUAUGGUUACUGAUAAAAUAUAUAAAUCAAAACUUAAUGAUUUCCAAACAUUAUUAAAAUCAAAUCCAGUAACAAAUAAGAAUAAAACAUUAGAUAUUUAUACUUUAAAAGAAUAUUUUACUGAAGAAAAAACAUUUAUAGAUACUCCAGAAUUUUAUAUCGCUUAUUUUAACAAAAUUGCAUAUAUAUUACCUCCAAAUUUUAUUAAAUAA